ACAUUGUGUAAGUGUUUCUGAGAAGUUGUUAGUAAGGGGAAUGGCUGCAUAUAAAUGUCAGAAAACACGAAGAGGCAUCUGGGGGAAUCUAUUUGUCCAGCAAGUGUGAGGGAGUAGAGCCCAUUCACACGCUGUCCUCCCCAUCGUGUGCUACCAUUUUUUUGGGAGAGCCUUUUGGUUUUACGGCUUUUGUUUAUGGGUUAUUCCCCACUGCAGUCAUAUAGGAAUUGUAUCACAAUUGAAUACGUGUAGAUUUAUCCCUAAUGCGAACUCCUAACUUUGCGUAAAGAGGAUGGUGACUUCGAUUUGACGAAUAUCUGGCAGUUCUUCGUGGCAGUGGCAUAGUUCUAAACUUCAUGCGAGGACGUUGAAGUUUAUAGUUAGCUGUGAAGAUGGUGGAACUUAGCGUGGCAGUAUUGAUGCUGGUGUUUGCUGGAGAGCUGUAUUCUCCAACAUUAGUACUGCAGGUGGGCUCUUCAACAACCAUGUUGCCAGAAAGUCUCUCUCCAGCAGCCUCACAGUUCCUCAACAUAGCCUCACACCUUCCCACCACCGCCCCUACCCUCCCCACUCCCAUUCCUGAUCCCCGAAGCAGCAGCACACAAAUCAUGACGCAAGAGCUGACAUACUUGAAUUCUACUUAUGACAAAAGUGUCCAUCAAGAACACCAGAACACUAGCGCCCCUCAAGAACACCAGAACACUAGCGCCCCUCAAGAACACCAGAACACUAGCGCCCCUCAAGAACACCAGAACACAAGCUCUCCACAAAGGAUCGUCAAUACAAGCGCCCCACAGAGGGACGCCAACACAAGUUCCCCACAAAGAGACGUCAAUACAAGCUCUCCAAAAAGGGACGCCAACACAAGCGCCCCACAAAGGGACGUCAGCGCAAGCGCCCCACAAAGGGACGUCAACACAAGCACCCCACAAAGGGACGUCAACACAAGCACCCCGCAAAGGGACGUCAGCACAAGCACCUCACAAAGGGACGUCAGCACAAGUGCCCCACAAAGGGACGGCAACACAAGCACCUCACAAGUGACCAUGAGCACCGCAGCAUUGACACAGGCUGGAGUCCUGAGCUCAGGCAAUAAGACGAUGAUACCGCAGCGGGAGGGCCAGCUGGUUCAGUGCUACUGUGGUCCCCAGGAAGUUCUGAUGGGAGGAAGGUGCCAACCAUUCCCAAAAGCCAUCUUAGUUGAUAUCGAGGCAUCCAUCUUUGAGAAAUCGGUUACUGAGCUGAAUGUUAUUGUGCAAGAUCUAUACUGCAGUGUGGAGGACGACCAUAGAGAAAUGAGGUUUACAGAAGGGCAGUUUUACCUUCGAACUCGCGGAGACAUUGUGCUCUCAGACACUGCUGGUUAUCUGAGUGGUUUGCGCAUCAACAACUAUUGUGUCAGCCAUUCUUUGGACGAGAAGGGGAAUCUCGCAUCGAUACUAAAGGCGUGUGUCCCCCCUCCCUCUAUACCGCGUUGCUGCCCCGUUGGUGAAGCUCUCAGUGAUGGUGUGUGUAGCAUAACACCAUCUCCACCUCUACUGUUGCCUCCACUGUCUGCUGGGCUCUUCAAGAACAGCGUCCAGUGGCCAGUUAUCAGAAACCACUACAACCCACUCAACUGCAAGGAUCCUAUGAAAACAUUGUUAUUGGGCUCUGAAGUAUCCCACCUAGUAGCCCUCCCAACAGGUGUCAUACACACCUGGGUGUUAUCUGAGGACACAGCCGAACGAAAAUACACGUAUCCUCCGGAAUUUUGUGUAGAUGGACGGGAGAAUCUGGAUGGAUCUCUUACAUACACAGCCAACUUGUGUUACAGUAACCCGCAAGAACACCACCACAAAAUUUGUGAUGGUAACAUUUGUGUGCGCAAGUGUUGUAAUUCUGGACAAAUACUGGACGUUUCAUACCGAUGUAUUCGUUAUAAUAUAACAUUUACACCAGCCAUCAACAUCAGCAUCACACAGCCAUACAAGACGGUGAUAGGAAUGGCGCUCUGUUCGUCAGCAACGAAUGUCACAAACUUUACUCUGGACGGGACGGGACAUCUUAUUUACCAAGGGAGAAUUUUACCCCCUACCGACUACUGUAUUGAUAUGUUCGACGAUGGCAGGGAAAAGCUAAAAAAAACUGGUUUAGUUUGUCUGAGUGUGGAUUCAGAAUGGGACAAAAUUCGCAAAACACUUAUUCCUGCGUGUCAGAUUAUUUCGCUGGUUUUUAUGUUUCUGACAGUUACAUGUUACUUCAAGGUUCCAGAACUUCUCAAGAAUGGUGGCUGGUACCAGCUCUGGCAUGUGCUCUCUCUCAUGCUAGCCUAUUCUUGUAACGUAACACAGGUAAUCUUGAGAGAGGCUGAUGACCUAACUUGUAUAAUACUAGCACUCGCCAUGCAACUUGGAUAUCUUCCCGCAUUCUUCUGGCUUAGUGUUCUGUGCUUCGAAGUCUGGAGAAAGUUAGGUAACCUGAGCAGAUAUCUUCCCGCUACUUAUAUGCCAGUUUGGAUCUACCACUUUAUGCUUUGGAGACCGUUCGUGAUUGGAAUUAUUACAACAUGUAUGCAGUACCUAGCACCAGAUAAUGUACCAGGCAUUAUCAAGCCCUUCAUUAUCGAGACAAAAUGUUGGUUCGUAGGUGAACUGGAACGGUUUUUGUACUUCUAUGGCCCCAUAACAUUUUUGUUUAUCUGUAAUACUGGUUUUAUUGGACAUACAUAUUGGAACUUUAAAAAAAUUGAUGACAAUUCAGCCGUUCUGAGGAAAUUAAACAACGAUAAACCUCUCGGCGAGGCUAAGACUGCAUUAAGACCUUCCUUAGAACACAAACAGCGUAGAAGAAAUUAUAUUUCUGAUUUCAAGCAGCAGUUCUCUCUCUUGGUGCUUAUGUCAACAUGUUGGUUUACCGAGAUUCUUUCCUGGAAAAUUCCUCCACCUCAGAUGUGGUUAGUAUUGCAAUUAAUGUUAAUGGGUUAA